AUGAGUUCACACUUGGUUGCCCUCGCCGCCCUCGCAGAGGUUGUGGCUUGGGCCGCAUGGCACAAGUCGCUGUCGCUCGAUCUCGCCAUGCCGCUGGCGCUGACACUCGUCUCGCGCUUCUUCGCCUACUUCGCUCUUCAGUACGGCGCGCUGAAGUUUUACCACGUGGUCGUCUACCCCAAUUAUGUCUCUCCCCUGCGCCACCUGCCGGGGCCAAAGGACAACUUCCCGUUUAUGGGCCAGGGCAAAAAGCUGCUGACGGCGUCGUCGCCUAUUGAGGACUAUGUGAAGUGGGGCAACACGUGGCCCGACGCGCCCUUCAUCCGCCACCUCACGCUCGGCAACAUGGAGGUGCUGCUAGUCAACACGCCCGAAGCGCACCGCGAGGUGCUGCAGACGCACUGCUACUCGUUCCGCAAGCCCGACAUCCUGUACCGCCUCGUCGGCGAGAUCAUCGGCCGCGGCCUGCUGUUCACCGAGGGCGAGGAGCACAAGAAGCAGCGCCGGAUUCUGGCGGGCCUGUUCUCGGCGUCGAGCAUAAAGCGGAUGCUCCCCAUAUUCCACGAAAAGGCACGGAGCUUGACCAAGUUCCUCGAGCAGGGCUUGGACGAGAAUCGCAGGGUCACGUUUGAGGCCGUCGACGCCUUUUCAAAGAUGACCAUUGACGUCGUGGGCGUGACCGUCCUUGGCGUUGAGCUGGGCAACCUGUCAGCCUCAGACAAGAAGAUGGACUUCCUGAAGUGCUACCACCGCCUCUUCAACCAGUCGCCGCUGGGCGCGCUGAUCGGCUUCGUCAACAUCUACGUGCCCGUGAGAAAAUGGCUGCCAGUCGAAGCCAACCUGGGCUUCAUUCGCGCCAACGCCGAGCUGCGGCGCAUGGUGAGCAUGUGCGUGCGCGAGCGCGUGCAGGAGAUUGAGGAGAAGCAGCGGCGCCAGCAAGCGGACGGCAAAGCGAAGGAAGGCAGUGUCGACGGCGACGGCGGCCGCGACCUACUGACCAUGAUGGUGGAGGAGCGGCGGAACUUCAAGAAGGAGGACGAGCUGACUGAGGAGGACAUGGUGAACCAUCUCCUCACCUUCCUCGCGGCCGGCCACGAGACGACGGCGAGCGCCAUGACGUGGGCCGCGUACAUUUUGGCCACCAAGCCCGGCGUGCAGGACAAGAUCCGCGCCGAGAUCUCGGCGGUGCUCGCGACGAGCGCCAACGCCGAGCCCGACCUGGCCGAGAUCGAGCGGCUGCACUACCUCAACAACUUCUGCCGCGAGGUGCUGCGGCUAUUCUCUCCAGGCAUGGCCCCCCCUCCCUUCCCAACCGCACCUCCCUUGAUCUGA